CGAAAUCCAUAUUUCAAAUUAUGCCGGAAUAGAAGUUGUUUCUAGCCUUAUGUGGAAAACACUUGGUUUUGAUGAAAAAGUUGCUUCUCUGCAACUUCGUAAUCCUGAUUUAAAAGAUAAUGAAGUUGCUGGUGUCAAGGUUCCUGAAUCAAAUGUGGAGUGCACGGUUAAGGAUGCCACUGAAACACGUCAAACGGGGAAAUCUGCCUGUGAUCAACAGAUGGAGUUGGUGAGAGGUUCUGGAUCCCAUGGGAUAGCAAGUACGGUUCACAGGGUUCCCAAUGCUAUUAAGAAUCAUACAGAUGAACAUCCUUCAUCAGAAUUAGGUGAUUGUGAUUAUGCAUCAUCUGAAAGUGAUGAGGUAUUGCCUGGAACUGUGUCUGGCAGCUUGCAUCGAAGAAAAAACCAUAAGGUGCGUCUGCUAACUGAACUGUUGGGUACUAACGACGAUGGGAAAACUAAUCUCACGAGUACUGAGGAUUCUCCUUCCAGUACCAUUCCUGAUGCAUCUAUAGGCAUGGAUUCAAUAUCUACUUCCCAAGGUCAUGUCAAUUUCCACGGAAGUGUUACAAGCAGUUUGGCUCGUAGAAAGAAAAGAAAGAUACCACAGGAUGAAGAAUGGGUUCCUGGAGAAUUUAUGUGCUCUCCAAAUAAUGGGCAUAAAAACUUUAAGACCAUCAACAGAGAUGCAGAAAGUGUUGAUGGAAUCACAAGUUCUGAUUCAGAAGGUACAAUUAACAGAAGCAGCUCACAGGCUCCAGCAAAGAGCAAUUUGGUUAAUGCUAAAGUAGAAAAAGGUCCUAUUCUAGGAAAGAAGAAAAGUAAAAAGACCGAGUAUUUUGAUGAAUUGCACCUGUCUCGAGAAAAUUUGCAGAAAGAAAGACAGAAAAAGCCCCCUGGAGAUACCACCAAGAAUGAUGCCUCUGAUAUUGUUUUGUACAAAUCAAAUGAUGUAUCUACAGGCGGUGGGUUAAAUCCCUUUCCUGAAUCUGCCUUGAAGGCAAAGAAAAAAUAUAAUCUAUUGAAGAAAAAGAGCAAGAUGCAUCAAGAUCAUGAUUGUCAAGCUUCUCGAAUUCCUUGGAACAAUGGCAAUGUCAGAGAAGGUCCGAUUUCAAGGAAAGAUGUUGAAACAAGACAAACUGGAAAUUUAGCUGUCCUGCUUGAAGUAACACAGGAUACGUCAGCUACAAAAGGACUGCAAUUUUCUCCUAAUAAUUCCUUGUCUGCUACAAGUUAUGAUGCAAAAUAUAGCACUCCAAUCAGAGAUGGACAAGGGCAUGUUCUCAGUGAAUACGAUACUGGGGGGAAAGAUCUAAACAUGAAUUAUGUUUCUCAAGCUGAUCCCAACGUUUGGAAGGGAAUGCAUGUUGAUCUCAACAGUAAUCAUACCGCGUACAAAAUACCGUUCCUGAAUGAGAUGCAGAAGGACAUAUCUCCCGCUGAAGUUGGGAGUUCUUCGAUUCAGCUAAUGGAUUUCAAUGGUACAAGCAACAACGGGAGAACUGUGAAGUUUCGGGACCAUGCGACAGUUGCUAGGGAACAUUAUGAUAAACGUGUUGAAAUGGCGUCUGAGCAAGAAGCUGCAGAUGACAUAAUGGAAAUUGUUGAACUCAUGGCAAAGAAUCAGUAUGAAAGGUGUCUUCCUGAUACUGAAAUUGAUAAACAGCUACCAGAAAUAAGUAAUGCCAAAAAUCAUCUGAUGGUGGAUCUUAAUAAAGCAUAUGGAAAUGAAGAGAUGGACUUGUUUCAAGAGACCAUCAAGCAAAACACUGCUCAAAAUUGCCAGUGGAUUGGAAACAUGGUUGGGCAGAAGUCCUCUCAUGCUAAUGUGCGGGCAUCGGGAAUUUGUAAAACCAGCCAGGGUGCUCCACAGCAGAAUAAGGAAGCAGCUCACCUAUGGCUAUCCAUGAUGCCGAAUAGCAUGCCCUAUAUUCCCAGCGUCCCUCACAAGUGUGCAGAUCAGUUGCCAAAGUUAGACAUGCUUAGACAUUGCCCCAGCAAUCUACCUAAGGGAAAUAUGAGUCAAAAUGAUGACCGGGACUUCUUGAAUUUGGAUUCAAACUAUGAGAAGCCUCGUAGAAAGUUUGAUUCUGAAGCCCUUAGAAGGACACAUGCAGACUACCCAUUUACUUGCAAACAUAAUGGGACGGGGUUGUUAGACCUGUAUUCUAAUGAAACCAUACCCGCCAUGCAUUUACUCAGCCUUAUGGAUGCAGGGUUACAGUCGGGGGCACCUGUUGACGGGAACCAAAGAGUCGUUAAGAAAACUUCGUUUCUUUCUGGGGGAUACAGAACCACUUCAAUGAAGCAUCCAUCAUUUGAUUGCUACGGUAAAAGCCACCUACCUGAGAGUUUUUGCGAGUGUAUGUCAGUUACUGAAGCAGAUGGUCCUUCUACUUCAUUCCAGGAUGAUAAAAGUUUCAAGGGACCUGAAUUUACUGGUCAUUUUUCACUGAAUUCUAGAGAAAAAGAGAAGAAAAAGUGCUCAGACUCUCAAAGGCAGAAUAAAAACCACAAAUCUAACAGAUCUGUAUCUUCAAAUAGUGGCUUAAAUACAACUUGUGGAUCUAUUCCUGUUCAUAGUAUGCCGAAAUUGGCACUUGGAACUUCAGAAUUUAUGAUGUUUCCCGGGAAGCUUCAUGUAAUGGAGAGUGCAACAAAACAUAAGCAGAAGACCCGUACUUCGAGUGGUACCCUUUUCCAUCCAAAAAGUGGUUCAGAGAAUGAUAUAUGUGGCAUUAAUAGAAACCCUGCUGAUUUUACUAUACCUGGAGCUGGAAAUAUGUACAUGAUCGAUGGUGAAGACCUGAAAUUUGGAAGGGAAAAAGCUCCGUCGUCUGGCUUGGUAAAAUUGAUUGGGCACAAAUGUCAGAGGAAGCUUACGGUUAGAAAGGAGCAUUCACGAAAUUGAACUUCGUGAUUCUUUUAUCUGUAUAUUUUCUGGCAAAACCGGAAUCGCCUUCUUUGAUACCUCAAAACAAA